AUGGAGAAAUCAAUGGGAGAUAUCCUAGGUAACCAGACUGUUAUAAGUGAACUGAUACUAUUGGGAGUCACAGACGAUCGGAAGGCUGAAUUAUUUCUCUUUGGGCUUUUUUUGUUGAUAUACAUUAUCACACUUUUUGGCAAUAGUUUUAUCAUAUUGUCAGUCAUUUUUAUUUCCAGCCUUCACAGCCCAAUGUAUUUCUUUCUGGGCAACUUAGCAUUCUCAGACCUUUGCUAUUCUACUGUUGUCACUCCCAAAAUGCUGCGUGAUAUUGUCUCUGAGAGGAAAUCAAUAACAUUUGUGGGAUGUGCCCUGCAGCUCUAUUUCUUUGCUGUGUUUGCGAGCACUGAAUGCUAUAUGCUGUCUGCCAUGGCGUAUGACCGAUAUCUGGCAAUAUGCCAGCCUCUCCUGUAUGCAGUAAUAAUGAAUAGAAAGGCUAUUAUCCAUUUAGCAGUUGGAAUAUAUGUCAGUGGAUUUCUUACUGCAAGUAUUCACACAGCUUGCACUUUAACUUUGUCUUUUUGUGGCCCUAAUACAAUCAACCAUUUCUACUGUGAUAUUCCACCACUAAUGGAGCUCUCCUGUUCUGACACGUACAUUCAUAAAACUGUUAUAUUUGUUGUUGUUUUCUGCCUGGGGUUGCUUAAUGUAGCCAUUAUAUUGGCCUCGUAUUUUUAUAUAUUUUAUACUAUUAUUCAUAUGCAAUCGUCUCGUGGAAGACACAAAGCUUUUUCUACCUGUUCCUCCCACCUCUUAUGUGUGUCCUUAUUUUAUGGAACUGUUUUCUUUAUGUACCUUCGCCCGGCAUCCAAAUAUUCUGUUAGUCAAGACAAAGUGGUCUCUGUGUUCUACACAAUGAUAAUACCAAUGAUGAACCCAAUCAUCUACAGCUUACGAAACGCUGAGUUUUAUCAUGCGGUAUCCUGGUACAUAAAGAAAUUGCUUCUCUCAAACAUUUUAGAACUGUAG